CAACUCGCAACCGCAACGUCAUAUCAAAACUCAAAACACUUAUCGACGGUAGUGUUAUUAUAGCAUUGUAUAGCCAGUUUUAAAUUUGAUUAACCUUGAAUAGCCGAUAUAUACCUUUACCUCUCUUUAAUAUUUAUGAUUUGAAUUAUUGUGCUACUUUAACUUGAGUGAAUAUAUUUAAAUUCUAAGUAGUUAGAAGCCGACGCCGAUAGUACUCCACUUUUAAAUCAACGGAGAAGUUCCUUAAGUUAGCGUUAAAAAUGGUGCAGGUCGAGGUUUAUACUGUAAAAAACAAAAAACUUGGGGACAUUACAGCUUCCAACACCACAACAGUAGGUGAUAUAAAAAAAGAAAUAGCAAAAGUAUCGAAAUUUCCUGUAGAUAGACAGUCGCUGCGCUCAGAGGUCAAGGGAAAGGAUAUCAAAAAUGAUGCUACCAUUCCUAAUCUAGAAUCGUUAAGAAAAGUAUUUGUUAAAGACUUAGGGCCACAGAUUGGAUGGAAUACAGUGUUUCUUCUUGAAUAUGCUGGGCCUUUAUUUAUAUAUGCUGCAGUUUCUUUUAGACCAUGGAUCCUUUAUGGAGAUACUGGAAGCAAUUCCACCUUCACCACAACUGCCAAGAUAGCUCUAGGCUGUUGGUCCAUUCAUUACCUAAAAAGAAUCCUAGAAACAUUAUUUGUUCAUCGUUUUUCACAUGGAACUAUGCCAAUUAGAAAUCUAUUCAAAAAUUGUGGAUAUUAUUGGGGAUUUUGCCUGUAUGUAGCCUACCAUAUUAAUCAUCCGUUAUUUACACCUCCUCCACUUGUAUUCCAGGCUGUUGGAUUACUGUUAUUUGCUGUUUGUGAAUCAGGAAAUCUAGCAACUCAUUUACUUUUAAGAAAUCUCAGGCCUGCUGGAAGUACUGUUAGAAAAAUCCCUCGUCCUGACGGAUGUCCAUUAAAUAUACUAUUCGACUUUGUUUCUUGUCCCAAUUACAGUUACGAAGUUGGUUCAUGGAUUGGUUUUACAAUUCUAACCUCAUGCAUUCCUGCUGGUCUCUUUACCGCUGCUGGCUUCUACCAAAUGACAUUAUGGGCAUUAGGAAAACACAAGAAUUACAAAAAAGAAUUCCCAGACUAUCCAAAACAAAGAAAAGCCAUCAUUCCUUUUAUUUUAUAAGUUUUUCUAAAUUGUACUUUUGUUAUUAAUUUUAUUUUCGUUAUUUAAUGUGGUCUGUUGGUGUAAUAAAUUUAUCUUAUAUGUGAAAAAAAA